AUGGACAUAACACCCGUAGUAACACCACACGACUUUAAGACGGCUGAAUACCCCAACCCAGCGCCGGACGCGCAUGCGCAUGUCAUCCCUGCUUUGCAAGAUGUCGUUGGAGUGUUGCCACAUACGGUAGAGGAACUUACCGCUGCGCAGUUACGCAGAGUUUUUGCGUUCAUCGCCACGUCUGGUCGCGCGCACCCAGAGCCGCAAGCCGCAGAUACUACGCUCCUGACACCUGAGCAACAGCGCCACAUCGCGCGUAUCGUCUUUCACAUUCGUAAGCUUGCAGCCGUGUUGGAUUGCGCCAAUAACAUCUUCCUCAAUACUCAGACCUUGCUGCUGCGCACGGACAAAGCUAGCAUAUCAUACGCGAGGUACAUGGCGUACAUUCAUAUAAUUCAGCACAUUAUCACAGGCAUCACGGUACACCGCGACAUCAUCAGUGAGGCUUUACUAUCGCACUUUUUCACGCGCUCGCAAUCGUUUCUUGACACGCUAGUUGGUUACCAGAUCAGCGAAAGCGUAAUCAUGGAAAAGCUUAUGGCCGUGUCAGCCGCAGUUGCGCAUGCUAUCCGUCUUACGCGCACGCUUGAGUACUACCAGAUGGAAUUCGUCAUGACGCAUCUACGGCAAAAAGUCACCAAGAUCGACAAGCAGUAUACGCAGCUCGCAAUCCCAUCAGUUCAGAUCCCCUUCGUACCGACCACCUACAUCCAGGCACUUAGAUGGUGGCAGGAAAACUACGAGGAACAACUCCAUGGUCCGCUUACCGAAGACUAUCUGGAAAUUGCGCAUAGUGAAGAUCCAUUCGCGCAACAACAAAAGAAACGAUUUGUACGAGUAGAAUUUCAAAGUGAUCAGCCUCAACUUGCCACAACACCAGCCGCGCUGAACAUCAGCGCGUUAUCGCCAACCCAGCCAAUGCAGACAGAAGACGCCAUCCGAAGCACCCAAGCACCGCAGUCUCCAUCACCUUCGCCAUCUGAAAGUCACUCGAGUCCAGUAAUUAUACCAUUGACGCGUAUAUCAGCGCCAGUCACAGAGCUUGAGAGGAACCAGUCCAUUCCACCAGUCCUUUCGCCUCAGGUUAAUCCUGUCGCGCGGGAGGGCGGACUAGAUUCCUCUCAGCAACUCGAGGCGGCCGAACCUAGUUCGGCAUCUACUAUACGGCUGGACUUUUACCGCCAUGUGUUUUUUGUGAAGGUUAUGGGCACUUCAGCGCCGAAUGCAGUGUGGUAA